UUGACAUAGACGAUCCAGCAUUUUGAUUUGAGUACUGAGUGCAGCCACCAACCCCGGCCGGCUGUUGGCCUGUGAUGCGCACACAGCACUGCAGCAGCAGCAGCAGCAGCAGUCUGCAGUAGUGACGAAGCUUUGUGACGCGCGAUGAUCGAUCCAUUUUUACUUACUCAGCUCGUGCAUAUAUGCUUACCUACCAGCGUCCAUCUUAAUCCACAAAUUAGGUAACCAUAGCUUGCUUGCUAGUUGCAUUGUGUCUGUCUAUAUAUAUACAGCAGUGAUGACCACACACCACCAGAAAUGGCAAUGGCGGCGUCCAGCAUGGAGCAGCUGCUGCAGGUCGACCCAGCAAUGGCCACUUACUCCAUCCUCGCCAUCGCACUCGUCACAGCAGUUCUAGUCCUGAUCAACAGAAUCGGCGGCAACGGCGCCGGGAAGCAGCGGCGGCAUGGUCUGCCGCCGAGUCCCCGGAGGCUGCCGGUGAUCGGGCACCUCCACCUGCUCCGUCCCCCCGUGCACCGCACCUUCCAGGAGCUGGCUUCCGGCUUGGGCGCCCCGCUGAUGCACAUCCGGCUCGGCUCCACGCACUGCCUGGUGGCCAGCUCCGCCGCCGCCGCCACCGAGCUCAUCCGCUCCCACGAGGGGAAAAUCUCGGAGCGGCCACUGACGGCCGUGGCCCGGCAGUUCGCCUACGGCUCCGACUCCGGCUUCGCCUUCGCGCCCUACGGCCCGCACUGGCGCGCCAUGAAGCGCCUCUGCAUGUCCGAGCUCCUCGGCCCCCGCACCGUCGAGCUCCUCCGCCCCGUCCGCCGCGCCGGCCUAGUCUCACUGCUCCACACCGUGAUCCGCAAGUCGCCGGAGCCGGUGGAUCUGACGGCGGAGCUGAUCCGGAUGUCGAACGCGUCCAUCAUCCGGAUGAUGGCGAGCACGGUGCCCGGGAGCGUCACGGAGGAGGCGCAGGCGCUGGUGAAGGCCGUGGCGGAGCUCGUCGGCGCAUUCAACGUAGAGGACUACAUCGCCGUGUGCCGCGGGUGGGACCUGCAGGGGUUAGGGAAGCGGGCCGCCGACGUGCACCGGAGGUUCGACGCGCUGCUGGAGGACAUGAUCGCGCACAAGGAGGAAGCCAGGGCGGCCAAGAAGGCUAUUCGGGGAGAAGAUGACCAGGAGCCGGAGACGAAGAAGACGAUGGCGGAGAGCAAGGACUUGAUUGAUAUCUUGCUGGACAAGAUGGAGGACGAGAACGCGGCCGAGGAGACCAAGCUCACCAGGGAGAAGAUCAAAGCCUUCACCAUCGACGUGGUGACGGCCGGGUCGGACACGUCGGCGGCGAUGGUGGAGUGGAUGCUGGCAGAGCUGAUGAACCACCCGGAGUGCCUCCGCAAGGUGCGCGAUGAGAUCGACGCCGUCGUCGGAAGCAACAGGAUCACCGGCGAGGCAGACAUAGCGAACCUUCCCUACCUGCAGGCGGCGUACAAGGAGACGCUGCGGCUCCGGCCCGCGGCGCCCAUCGCGCACCGGCAGUCGACGGAGGACAUGGAGCUCGCCACGGGCGGCUGCUUCACGGUGCCGGUGGGCACGGCGGUGUUCAUCAACCUGUGGGCCAUCGGGCGUGACCCGGAGCACUGGGGGCAGACGGCGCUGGAGUUCAGGCCGGAGCGGUUCAUGCUCGGCGGGGAGAGCGAGAAGCUCGAGCCGCGCGGGCAGCAUUUCCAGUACCUGCCGUUCGGGAGCGGGCGGCGCGGGUGCCCCGGCAUGGGGCUCGCGCUCCAGUCCGUGCCGGCCGUUGUCGCCGCGCUCGUGCAGUGCUUCCACUGGACCGUCGUCCCCAAAGCCGGCGAAGAGAAGGCGGUGAUCGACAUGGAGGAGUCGGACGGGCUGGUGCGCGCGCGCAAGCACCCGCUGCUGCUCCGCGCCUCGCCGCGGCUCAACCCUUUCCCGGCCGUCGUCUAACUAAGCCACCUGCCAAUCUUACCAUGCACACUUUGGUUUCCAUCACCAGGUGCACCGGCGUGUCCGUGCGGCUACGCCGUCCGCCACGGCGUCGCUCUCGUCCAUGUCCAUUAAUCUUCUUUCUGUCGUCCACACGUGUCCUGUAUUUUUCAUCUUCUGUUUUGGCCAACAUCUUUAUGGUAUUCCUAAAUGGGUUGGUUGCUGCUUAAUUACAACCUCUGUGACGCUAAUCGGUCAGGAAACACAGUAAUAGAGCGGUGUGAUUUGACAUCGUCCAUAUUGCAAUACUGGAAUUUUAGGCUACUCCACCAAAAAGCGUGAAUUGUGGGAUUGGUUACCUACUUGUACGAUAUGGACAGAUUGAUACAGACAAUAUCCGAUUCUAAUGUUUCAA